AUGCUAGUCGCAGAACCACGAUCUGCCUUGCCAUCUCCGCCCGAGUCCCCCACUCCAGGAGCAAUAUCUAAGAUCGUGCGGUUCCGCUCGCCGCCUCGGUCACCUCGAAUGUCAAGCCUUCUACUCGCACUCGGAGACAUCAUAGAGCAGGACGACGAUGAAGAUGACUCUUCUGAAGACUCUAUUACUCACGAGUGGCCUGCACCGAUGGUCAGUCUUAUCACCGUUAGCUCUCCGGAGACACAAGAAUCUGGACUAGACAUGGGUACCAUCCCUCAGGAGACUGUCAAUCUGAUGCCGCUACAGGACGAGGACGCUGAUUCAGUCACGAUAUUCAAUACACCUCUCAUGCUCACGUCUUAUGUGCCAGUUGUAGCGGCGGAGGAGUCCUACGCAACUCAGCAAGUUUCUGUGGUGCCUGUUUCCGAACCUGGUGACGUUGAGAGCGAUGAGGAUGUAACGAUUACUCAAUACCGAGACUCGCGAACUCUGCUGCCUUUACCAGCUGGACUGAUGUCUCCCGCUCGAGCGGUGCCCGACGUCUCUGUCUCGCCUGUGGCCAACUUUGAGCACGCAUACCCUGCUACACCUAUAGUGGGCUCGACCAACUCAGAUGAUACGGUGAUUAUUACUGAUUAUCGACACUCACGGGCAUCGUUACCCCUGCCAAUCGGGUUGUUGUCCCCCAUUUGUAGCACAUCUCAUAUGCCCAUUUCAUUGCCGGCUCAUUCGGAGAGCCCCAUGGCAGACGUACAUAGGGAAGACUCAAUUGACUCGGGCUAUGCAGAUGGAUGCUUCAUGCCAUCUACCUUCUUGACCUCGCCUCCACGGAGCCCACGCAGGAUAUCAACACUAUCGAUCUUGUCGUCGCCAUUUGGGUCCCCAACUUCUCGGAUACGGUCUUACGAUGAGCAACAUCCGCCUGUCAUGAAAAAUUUGUUCUCGCCUACAUUCACCAGUAUGAAUCAGCUGCACGAUGCUGACGUGAAUGUCGCAAGAUACUCUGACGUUGAUGACGACCCCGCUCUGGAAGAUGCUGAGAUUGGACAGGCCGUUUCUGUGGAUUUCGCAACAGGCGAGGAGGGUCAACCCUUGUCAUCCGGCGCCGACGAGUAUUUUGCCGAGAUUUACGAUGUCGAACACGUUGCGCUAAUAGACAAUACGAAUGAACAUGUUCAGGCCCAUACACACAAACAGUCGCCCCGUCCCUCUUUGGCACUAUCAUCAGCAAGUACAGGAGGUCAUGAACAGGGGUCCUCGUGCGGUACAUCUCGCGUGCAAGCUGAAGGAGACACCUCCCUGAGCACAGCUAGCAGCGGCCCUGCGAGUAGCAGAGAUGAUACCAUGCAGUCUCUAUAUGACAGGUAUCUGAUAUCUCCCGAAGAGAAGCCCCUCCCUUCCCCUCAUGAAAGCCGACGCAUCUCUCGCGGAACGGUUUUUUCUCCUCGCAUCGAUAUCAGCAACGGUAAGUCCGAGACGGCCACGUCUCCAGUCUUGCUAUCGCCUUUCGAAGAGUUGCCGACGCGCGUAUUUUCCGUGGCGGAGAAGGGAAAGUCAUCCCCGCGUGGACAUGACUCCGAGAGCGGGACGAGAGAUUCGCACUGGGACCGGAGGGCAUCAACAAAGGUCCCCUUUGCAUGGCGGCAGUCCUUAAAGACAGAUCGCCCGAUAUCGCUGAAGCCAACAUCAAGCAUCGUCCGUCCUCGUCCUCCAGCUCUUAUUGGGUUUAGCCCGAAAAUCCAUGACAGAACGCGUUUACUGUCUCCUGAAGAGCCUUCCACAGCAAGUUCAGGUCUGAAACCCUUGCGUCUCUCCGUCGUCCUUUCCUCCGCAUCCACUCCAGCAUCGUCAUCAUUUCCAUCUUCCGCACCAGCAUCUAGCAUUCCUCCAUCUCUGACUACCGGCACGACUGCAUUCACACCGUCCACAUCAUCAUCGCCCACUGUAUCAUCAGACUAUUCCCUCUCGCAUAAUCGAUUGCUUUCGUCGCGUCCGUCCAGUUCCGCUCUAGCUCGCACUCACGGUCAAAAUACCCUAAUUAUCGACCCGACCUCACGCACUCCUUCCGUUCCUCUCGAUUUGGAUCCUGACCGCAGUCCGGGCGCUGCACCCCAUUCUGCUCCCGUCUCCUCGCAUGGCACAUCGACUCCAUGGCACAGCCGCCAGAGCUCCCGGCUUUCACUCCUUUCGUCUCAUAGAUGUUCGAACAUCGAACCAUACCCGCGCUCUGACAGUCGACUCUCGGAGCCCGCCAUUCUGUACGAGGUAGACGAGGACGCUGAGUCGGAAUCCAUGCACGGCUCUGCCGACUGGGCAGACGAGACUAUCCGCCGGCCUGCAUCGUCCCUCGCCCCGGACGCCCUGUAUCCCCCAUCGCCGCCGCACGCGAUCGCGACCCCCAAGCCGACUCUGAUGUUCGCGCUGGCAAGCGACAAUGUCGACGAGGUGCGGCGUGUUCUCGAGAGCGGCGAGGCGGGCCCGAAUGACGACGUCGGGCCGCAGUCUGCCCUCGCGUUCACGCUGUCCGCAAAGCAACUCACCAACCGCGUGGCGAUGGCAAAGCUCCUUCUCGCACAUGGGGCUGAUCCGUCCAUGGCUCGCGACGUGCCCCCCGCUCAGCCGCAGAUGCUUAGCGCGGACUCGGCGUCGGUGUCGACCGCCGGAGGGGCGGAUGCGAGGGCGAGGCUUUUGGAGGAGCUCGACCCUGCGACGAGGUACUAUGUAAAGCGCGCCGAUGCGCCGCAGACUCGUCGGGCGUCUGCACUCAUCCAUCGCUCGUUUUUCCGCCCGCUGGCAAGAGUUCGAUACGAUCUCGUUGGCCAGGACAGAGCACUCGAGCAGCUGUUCCGCGUGCUCAGUAUGCCGUCGAUGGCGCCCGUUGUGGUACUUCUCUGCGGGCCUAGUGGACAUGGGAAGAGCUUGUUGGCUCGUAAAUUUGGUUCGCUUUUGGAUGUUCCUACACAUACUGUAAAUAUGACAACUCUACGAUCUACCCAUGAUAUAUGGCGCAGCUACUCGAUGAGUCCCUAUGAGGAAUCAUCAACAUGUACACUCUCGGAAUUCCUUAUUGCUAAUGAGGGCAAGCGCUGUGUUGUUGUCCUUGAUGAAAUUGAAAAGGUCGAAGACCAAAAGUUCUUGUCUUCACUAUUGAUGCCUUGGGAACUUGGUCGCUGUUCCAUGGAGGCAGGUCAGCGCCACGUCGACGUCUCGCAGGUCAUUUGGCUCGGGACGUCCAACGUCGGCCACGAGCUCGUCUUCGAGCACAACAAGAGUCGUCCGGAUCCCGACUCACCCAUGUCGCGCGAGGAGUACGUCGACCUCAUGGGGUUGCUCCGGCCACGCGUCUCUGAGCGACUAGGGGCAUCGCUACUAUCCCGAGUCACAACCGUGCUCCCGUUCGUACCGUUUACGCCGGAGGAGAAGAUGGCCAUCUCUGCUGAGGCGCUCUACGCACUCGCGGGCGAGGGCGCGGGGACACUGCCGCCCGCGACGGUGGACAUGCUUGUGCGCAAGUCGCUCGGGCUGUAUCACCCCGCGGAAGGGGCGCGCUCGCUCUACCGUGCUGUGUCGACUUUGCUACUUGAUACAAUCUGA